GCAAAACCAUUUCCUUCUGUGUAAACCUUACUUUUAUUUUCCGAGAAAAGAAGGGAAACAAACUUUCAAGAGAGAAACUAUUAUCCAAUCAGAAAAUCUUCUCAUCUCAUCCAAUUGUUGGCCGCUCCAUCCUUCCACACUUCCACUCAUCCCAAAGCCUUUUCCUUCCCUAAAAAACAGAGUCCUUUCUCCACCUCCGCGCAUAUGCAUCAAUCAAAUACACAAACAGAGCUCAUCGUCUCAGACUUCACCACUACCGACAUGGGCAGCACCACCAGCUUCGGUCGUUUUUACGAGACCUGGUUCGACCAGCUCCACCACCUGGUGCAUCAACUGAGGCAAGUCCCCAAGCCUCCCACCACCCAAGACGAUGCUACCCAUCUGUGUCUCCUUGUCGACAAGCUCGUGAAUCACUAUGCUGAGUACUACAGGGUGAAGUCUGUGGCCGUUGAGCGCGACGUUUUGUCAGUGUUCACCGCCUCUUGGGCUUCCUCACUGGAACGGUCGCUCCACUGGAUCGCUGGGUGGCGACCCACCACUUUGUUUCACCUUGUUUAUACAGAGUCCAGUAUAAUGUUCGAGUCUCAUAUAAUUGAUAUUCUUAGAGGGCUCAAGACUGGAGAUCUUGGUGAUCUAUCACCCAGUCAAUUUAGGAGAGUAAGCGAGCUGCAGUGCGAGACAGUGAAGGAAGAGAAUGCAGUAACAGAGGAACUAGCAGAGUGGCAGGACGGUGCAAGUGAGUUUAUGGGGUCAUCCUGUUGCUCAGAUAUCGAUGAUAAGAUCGGACGACUGGUGAGGAUUGUGCUCAAGGCUGAUGAUCUAAGGCUAAGAACAGUGAGGAAGGUGGUGGAAUUUUUGACUCCACAGCAAGCUGCUGAAUUCUUGAUUGCUGCUGCUGAGUUGCAGUUUGGCAUCCGCUUCUGGGGAAGGAAUGAGGAUCUUCAUCGCCAUUCUCUCUGAUCAUCGAUCUAUUUCAUUGCCUCUUCCACCUCCUAGUGCUUGUUUUUGGAAUUUUGGACUGAUGUUUUCUGAUCAAAAAGUAAUGAAGGAUUCAUAUUUGCAA